AUGCCCCGGUCAGCCCCCCCCUUUACCCCCACCCCCCCCGUCCCCUACUCCUCUCCCACUGUCCCUGUCCCCUGCCCCCUCCUGGAACUGCUGUCCCUGGCCUUCCUGCUCUGCUCCUGGCUCCUGGCUCUCUCGUGCUGUCUGAGUCCAUGGAUGGAGCGUCAUCUGGAGCUGGUGGAGUUGGAGAAGGUCCAUGUGAGUCUGUGGUCAGGGUGUGUGGUCCAGGACUCAGUCUUCAGCUGUAAACCUCACAGCUCCCUCCUCAGCCUACCCCUCCCCCUCCUGCUGGGCCGCGGACUCCUUCUGGGGGCGCUAAUGAGCGGAGCCGCCGCCAUCGCUGUCACUGUUCCUGGACUGAGACUGGUGCACAUGCCCAAGUGCUUUGGCGUGGCUGCUUCUGGGGCACUGAAGCGCAGACUGCGUGGGUGCGGGGCGGUGCUGUGCGUGUUGUCAGCGGUUCUGGAGGCAUGUCCCGUGUCGUGGGCAGGGUAUGUGACAAUCCGGCGGUAUCAGGAGGACACCAUUUUGGAGAUGAUUCCUCGAUGGGACCUGGGGAUCGGGCUAUUUCUGGGCUGGACCUCGGCUGCAGUCUACAUGCUGACUGUGGGGGCACUAUGGAGCUCCUGCAGGGAAGAGGGCGAGGUUACAGCGCAGAGGGGCAGGUCUAUGGUGCAGAGGGACGGGGCCAGGCAGGAGUACGUCUGA